AUGGCGGCGGUGCCGCUUUUCAAUCUCGCGCCCGACAUGGCCGUCUCAAGGCUCUGCUUAGGCACGAUGACAUUCGGCGAGCAGAACUCCUUGCCUCAGUCUCUCCAGCUGCUCGACAGAACCUUCGAAUCCGGAAUCAAUUUCUUCGACUCUGCCGAGAUGUAUCCGGUGCCGCAGCGUCUGGAAACUCAGGGAAGGAGUGAGGAGUAUUUGGGGCGGUGGAUAAGGUCGAGAAAAAUCCCGCGUGACCGCGUGGUUCUUGCUACAAAGGUUAGUGGGCCAUCGGGGCAAAUGACGUGGAUUCGAAAUGGACCAGACAGCCUUGACGCCAAGAAUAUAGCCGAGGCACUUGAUAAUAGUUUGCUUCGCCUGCAAAGUGACUACAUUGACUUGUAUCAAAUUCAUUGGCCUGACCGAUACGUUCCUAUGUUUGGAGAAACUGAGUAUGACCCGUCCCGAAACUUUGCUUCUGUCAGUUUUGAGGAACAGUUUGGUGCACUCGACAAAGCUGUUAGUGCUGGUAAGGUAAGAUAUAUCGGGCUGAGUAAUGAAACACCAUAUGGUCUCAUGAAAUUUCUCCACAUUGCUGAGAGCGUCAUUAAUGCUAGAAUAGUAUCUGUGCAGAACUCUUAUAACCUUCUUAAUCGAAAUUUCGAUGGCGGGAUGGCCGAGUGUUGUCAUCACGAGAGGGUAUUCUUAUUGGCCUACAGCCCUUUGGCUAUGGGCAUUCUAUCUGGGAAGUAUCUCUCACUUGAUGGAUGCCCGGCAGAUGCUCGCUUGAAUCUUUUUAGAGGGAGGUAUGCUGAAGGGGAGUCAAGAUACAACUUGUCUAAAGAUAUCAUUAGAAAAGCCACUGAAUUAUAUAUAUCCGUUGCGGAAAAGCAUGGUGUUCAUCCUGUAUCACUCGCAAUAGCUUUUGUUUUAAGACACCCUCUUGUAGCAAGUGCUGUUUUCGGAACAACUAAACUGUGGCAGCUCGAGGAAGUACUGAAUGGUUGCACUGUGCAGCUUACUCCAGAGAUAGUUGCGGAAAUUAAUGAAGUUCAUUCAGCUUUUCCUAAUCCUUGUCCCUAA